CCCACGCCAGACGUCAAGGCCGUUGGGCGCGCCUGCGCAGCUCUUCGGCCCCGUGCCGGAUGCGCUGUUCUCACAGUAUCCUCAUCGCUGCUUUCCCGCCAGGAUAAAGCUGAAGCGGUUUUCCGGUUCUCCUCCGGUUUGUCGCUUGAGUGUUGGUGUGGCUCUGCAGCUUUUGGGUUGUGCGUCCUUUGUCCAGCAUGUCGAACAAUUCCUCCAAGAAGCAGUCUUCAAAGAAGACGUUGUUCGACCCCGUGUCUUUCGCAAAGGACCUGCUGGCCGGCGGGGUCGCGGCCGCGGUGUCGAAGACAGCUGUGGCACCCAUCGAGCGAGUGAAGCUGCUGUUGCAGGUGCAGGCGUCCUCCAAGCAGAUAAGCCCUGAGGCACGCUACAAGGGCAUGAUAGACUGCCUGGUGCGCAUCCCUCGUGAGCAAGGAUUUUUAAGUUAUUGGCGUGGCAAUUUGGCAAAUGUUAUUCGAUACUUUCCAACACAAGCCUUAAACUUCGCCUUUAAGGACAAAUACAAACAACUUUUCAUGUCUGGUGUUAAUAAAGAAAAACAGUUCUGGAGGUGGUUUCUAGCAAACCUGGCUUCUGGAGGGGCUGCUGGAGCAACAUCCUUGUGUGUGGUAUAUCCACUAGAUUUUGCCAGAACCCGAUUAGGUGUUGAUAUUGGAAAAGGUCCUGAGCAACGGCAGUUCACGGGUUUGGGUGACUGCAUUAUGAAAAUAGCCAAGUCAGAUGGACUUAUUGGUCUAUACCAAGGGUUUGGUGUCUCCGUUCAGGGUAUCAUUGUUUACCGAGCCUCUUAUUUUGGAGCUUAUGACACUGUUAAGGGCUUAUUGCCAAAGCCAAAGGAAACCCCAUUUCUUAUCUCUUUUAUCAUUGCUCAAAUCGUGACGACUGGCUCUGGAAUACUCUCCUAUCCCUUUGACACAGUUAGAAGACGUAUGAUGAUGCAGAGUGGGGAAUCUGAACGGCAAUAUAAAGGAACCAUAGACUGCUUUCUGAAAAUAUACAAUCAUGAAGGGAUGGCUGCAUUCUUCCGUGGUGCCUUCUCCAACAUCCUUCGUGGUACAGGGGGUGCUUUGGUCUUGGUGUUAUAUGAUAAAAUCAAAGAGCUCCUCAACAUUGAUGUUGGAGGUAGUUCAUCAGGAGAUUAAAUUGAGAAAUGCAUAUUUCUAAUGUAAAAAACAUGAAAAUUACAUAGCUGCCAUUUGUAUAUAUUUUGAUAGUGUGUCUCUCUAAGCAUACUACUACUGUCAGUGUCUCUUACAGUAUUUGUUCUGCAAUAAAGAAAAGACUUUUUUCAAGAUUUUAGUAUUAAAAGUCAGGGCAAAAAUGGUUUUCUUCUCACUUAGACCCAGAAUCAUUUAGUGAGGCAUUUUAUUAUAGGUAGUGUAUGUUCCCUCUAUUUAAAAAUUCUUACACUUGUGAUUAACACCAUAUAAUGUAAAAUAUGAGGAAGUAUCUUUAAAUUUCAGUUUGCUUAGUACACCAGUAAUCCCAUCUUUUAGAAAUUGUAUGGUAUGACAAAUAGUUGGAAAGUUGAUAAUGACUUGGUGGCACUAUCAAACUAUUUGAAAAGCAUAGGUCGGGUUAUUUGCUGAUGUUUAGUCUUGCUAGUGUACGUGUAUCUUUGAAAAGAAAUCUCCUCUGAACAGUAGAUUUUGUAUUCUGUAUUGAUAAUAAAGCAAGUUCAAAGCGA